AUGAGAUUAUCCUUCUUAGACAUGAGUGAUAGAAAUAUCUAUGACCCUUUAGAAAAAGUACGAAAAUUAGAACGAAGACAUGUAGAGGUGCAUUUACAGCUACUGAAGGCAUUGGAUGAAUUGUAUUUGACUAAAGAAGACCGCCAAAACUUCAUGUUGGCAAGGGAGCAGGAAGCUCAGCUAGAAGAUAGACAUAUGUUACAAAUGUCCUUGGAAAAGAGUGUUGCCAUUUCCAAAGCUAUUAAAAGACAUCUACAGCAGUCACGGUCGAAGAGUAAUCAAAACGAUAUCAGCGCCGAUACUACUAUCACCACUCGUAAUGAUGAUGUUCAUGAUGUUGAUAUUGGUGCUACUGAUAAUAACAAUAUUAUUAUAUCCACCACAAGUGAGGACAAAUUAGCGUCUGAAUUAAUCAGGUUAAGCAUGAACAAUUUUUCAUUAGAUUCCAAACUUGUUGAGAUGUUAGAACCAUUACAUCAAUUAUCUCAAGAAUAUAAUGAACGACGCCAAGAAUUUGAACGUCUAAAAUCCGAGCUAAACCAAUUGGUUUCAAAUCUUCCUUUGGAAGGAACAAAGAAUGAAGCUGUCACAGAGACGAAUAAUAACACAGCAGACUCUCUGAUACCCGCAUCUCCAUCUUCAGCAGACGUGGAUCUCCAAUUAGAAAGAGAAAAUACUUCUUUAAUUGAACUUAUCACAGCCCUGACACAUCUUUCAAGAAGAUAA